CAUGUAAACAACCACCGAAGAAACAGAAGGUCGAGAUAUCAACACAUGAACGUGUCAACGGCGUGUGUGAGUGAGUGAGUGUGUGGAGGUCGUGCAUCAUGUCUGUGUUGUACCCGACUCUUUUGCUGUGUGUGUUCGGCUUCUUUUCCAACAUGAGGCCGUCCGAACCCUUCCUUACCGCCUUCCUGAUGGGACCAGACAAGAACCUGACGGAGACCCAGGUUGUGAAUGAAAUCUACCCGAUCUGGACCUAUUCAUACCUGGCCUUGCUGUUCCCGGUCUUCCUGGCCACCGACUACCUCUGUUACAAGCCUGUCCUCAUCCUGCAGGCCACCAGUUUAGUGGUGACCUACAUAAUGCUGCUCAAGGCCCAGGGUUUGCUCGCCAUGCAGUUGUUGGAGUUGUUCUUCGGGUUGGCCACGGCGUCCGAGGUGGCGUACUUCUCCUACAUCUACAGCGUGGUGGAGCCGGCCCACUACCAGAAAGUGACCGGAUACUGCAGAAGCAUCACCCUGUUUGGAUCGGCUGUGGGCUCGCUGCUCGGACAGAUCCUGCUGUCUGUGGCCAAAGUGCAGCUGCUCCACCUGGUCAUUAUCACGCUGGCGUCGGCCGCCGUGGCCUUCGUAGCCCCCUGGUUUCUGCCCAUGCCCAAAAGAAGUUUGUUCUUCCAUAAGAGUUCAGGUACGACCGAGGAGAGGGAACAAAGCAGCAGCAAAUCACUGAUGGAGUCGACGGAAGAGUCGAAGAGCAAAGCACCUCUGGACAACCCAGAGAGCUGUAAAGCUGGAGCUCGUAGCAGCAGUCUCAUGGAGGUUUUGCGGAUGCUGUUUGACGACUUCCUCCAGUGCUACCGGUGCCGGCCUCUGUUGGCCUGGUCCCUGUGGUGGGCUCUGGCCACCUGCGGCUACUUCCAGGUGGUCAACUACGCCCAGGCCUUGUGGGAGACCAUUCGACCGUCCCAGGACUACGAGAUCUACAACGGUUAUGUGGAAACACUGUCAACACUGUUGGGGGCUCUGGCGGCUCUCCUCGUCGGUUACCUCCCCGUGUGCUGGUCGCUGUGGGGGGAAGUGGCUCUGUGCGUCCUGUCUCUGCUCAUGGCCGUGUGCAUCUUCAUCAUGGACACGCUGAAGAACAUCUGGGUCUGCUACAGCGCAUACGUCCUGUUCAGAGCCACGUACAUGCUGCUCAUCACCGUGGCAACGUUUCAGAUUGCAGCCAGUCUGAACAUGCAGCGUUACGCCCUGGUGUUUGGCGUCGACACCUUCGUGGCUCUGCUGCUGCAGUCUCUGCUCACGGUGGUGGUGGUGGACUCUGCUGGACUAGGCCUGGACGUAGGCACCCAGUUCCUCAUCUAUGGCGGCUACUUUACGGUCAUCGCCGUGGUUUUCCUAAUUGCCGGACUCUUCAAACUGGCGUCCAGGAGGCGCUCUGACCAGGACGGCCUGGAGUCCAGCUCUGAUCCAGCCAGUGAGACGAACUCCUGCAGAUAACACAUAACAUCAGCUGACAGAUUCAGAUAGAAAAGCACUAGAGCUGCUUGUGCACAGUGACUCCACAGGGUCAGAUAGGACUUAGAGCUGCAGUAGACGGUAGAAGAACACACAUGGAGGCUGUUACAAACGCUGUAGGCUGCUACCUUUACCCUGUAGAACACUCCAUGGUCUAUUAAUCCACGAGCACGAGGAACACCUCCAUCAUUUAGAGGCUUCUGGCUGACCUCGUGCACAUCCAGCAGAUAUUAAGUAUAGCUUUAGUCGACUACAAUCUACACAGCUUCUCUGCUGCUACUGAAAACGUGCUAAAACUGAAUGAAGUUCCAUCCACACCAACAUCUAUAACAGUUAACGUUAUUGAUCAGAGUCGACUCGUACUUAGAUUGAUUAGUUCUACUGACCGAUUUGAACUUAGGUCUUAUUGAAUAACAUGAGGGAGCUUGUUGGCUUCACUUUUAGAGAGCAGUCCCAGCGUCUCCUGUCUAUGGCAGGGGUGUUGAACUCAUUUUAGUUCAGUUUACAUUCAGCCCAGUAUGAUCUAAAAUGAGUCAGACCAGUAAACUGAUAACAUAGUAAUACAUAAAUAAUGACA